ACACUAUUGCUGUACCUUCCCUUUGCAAUAAUAAUAUUAAAUUAACCUUUUUUCUUCUUUUACCAGAAUUUGUAAUAAUAUUCUGUGAAAUUUGUAGAAGACGAUAUUCAAUAACCAAUAAUCCAAGAAAUCAUAAAAGAUCCAAAUAAUGGUGGAAGUGAAAGCGGAAGUGGAAGUGGAAGAUCAGCAGAGCCCAGUUUCAGAUCAAGAUGGUGACAAUGAUGUUGUCACUGAAGGUGCCUCGGUUGUGCAUGGAGAACCUCCCCAAGAAGAAAGUGGGCCCCCUGAAGUAGAAUCGGAAGUGGAAGUUCUUCAUGAUAAAGUGACGAAGCAAAUUAUGAAGGAAGGCCAUGGUCAGAAGAAGCCAUCGAAAUAUUCGACUUGCUUCUUGCAUUAUAGGGCAUGGACUGAAAGCACCCAACACAAGUUUGAAGAUACAUGGCAUGAACAACAACCCCUUGAGAUUGUCCUAGGAAAAGAGAAAAAAGAAAUGACCGGGUUGGCUAUUGGCAUUUCCAGCAUGACAGCUGGUGAACGUGCACUGCUGCGUGUCGGUUGUGAACUAGGCUAUGGAAAAGAAGGGAGCUUUUCUUUUCCAAACGUUCCUCCAAUGGCAGAUAUUGUGUAUGAAGUUGAAUUGAUCGGCUUCGAUGAAACCAAAGAAGGGAAAGCUCGUGGUGACAUGACAGUAGAGGAGAGAAUCGGUGCAGCAGAUAGAAGAAAGAUGGAUGGGAAUUUAUUAUUUAAGGAGGAAAAAUUGGAGGAGGCAAUGCAACAGUAUGAAAUGGCUAUAGCAUAUAUGGGAGACGACUUCAUGUUCCAGCUGUACGGUAAGUACCGUGACAUGGCAUUGGCAGUAAAAAAUCCCUGCCACCUCAACAUGGCAGCGUGCCUGAUAAAGCUCGAGCGCUACGAUGAAGCCAUUGCACAAUGUGGCAUUGUUUUGGUUGAGGAUGAAAGUAAUGUGAAAGCACUGUUUAGACGAGGCAAAGCUAGAGCAGUACUAGGGCAAACUGAUGCUGCUCGAGAAGAUUUUCUCAAGGCGCGUAAAUAUGCCCCACAAGACAAAGCAAUUGCAAAGGAGCUGCGUUUAUUGGCAGAAGACGACAAAGCUGUUUAUCAUAAGCAGAAGGAGCUCUACAAAGGGCUGUUUGCACAAAGGCCAGAUCCUAAACCGGAGCCGAAAAAUUGGCUGAUUUUGAUUUGGCAAUGGCUACUGUCUGUAUUUUAUUCCCUUCUGAGGCGACACAGGCAGAAAGCUGACUGAUUUCGUACCGCACUUUCUCCGUUUUUGUUGCGUAAGCGUACUUCAUCUUACUGUUGUAUGUUGAUGGGAAUCCCUUUUGUCAGCCUGCUGUUGAUUAGCUUACUGUUUAGCUUGUAAAAUGUUUGGUUCCUCAUAUCUGCAUUUAGUAUGAAAUUUGUCACAACCUAGUACUACUACUACUAAAUGUGAUUUCUUUAUAACAUUCUUGAUUUAACACUAGGUCAA